AUGGAUUUAGCAUCGAAUGAUUAUAGCAAACGGAGUAGCAUUGUUGGCCAUAUUGCUCCGCAUCAAAUCUCUGCUGUACGCUGGUUACCGCGAAGAAGCAAUGAUGAACUCUACUUCGUAACUGGCAGUUUGGCAGAAACGGUGAACAGUGUCAUUCUAUGGUACUUUUCGGUUGACAAAAAUAGUGAAGAUGGCCUGCAGCUUGUCCCAAAAUCACUCGCCGAGUUCUCUGUUUCAAACGAUGUUGUCGGUAUUGAAAUGCUGGAUAGCAACAACGUGGUCUGCGCUACAUCUGAUGGCAAGCUCAUGAACAUUAAUCGAUUUCUCUUUUCAGGCAUAAUCAGUGUGUUGGAUGUUAAUGAAGAAGAUAUACUUGCGUACAGAUUAAUGGAAAAAUGCAGCUUAAAGGAUCUGCACGGAACUAAUGCCUUUGGUUCUGCCUGUUCCGGCAUUUCAGCUUACAAACAAAUCGUUGCAACCGCAGGCGAAGACGGCUACGUGAACAUAGUGGCCGCUGAUGUUGGCGAAAUAGUGCAUACGAUAAAAGAUCCGAACAAUUCAAGCAUUCGUUGCGUUUCGCUGGUUCAUACCAAUAUCGUUGUUGCCGGGCGUCAGAGUGGGUUCUUGGAUUGCUAUGACACCAGACAAGGAGGAAACAAUCCAGUAAUUUACAUCGAUACAAAAUACGAAGAAGAUCAAGAUUUAAAUACUCCAACGUGCUUGAAUUUGUCUCCCAAUCUAAAUGUUACUUGCGGUUUGGAGUGUGGUACCAUAUUGCUGUGGGACAUGCGAAAUCCAAGUAAUACCACAGCGAUGGACGGAGGACAUACUAGUAUGCUGAACGAAAUACGAUUUGCACCGGAAAGAGGAAACCUGAUGGUCUCUGCAGAUACUAAAGGAAAAAUUAUGCAAUGGGGAAUACAGAAUAGAAUACAGCGUCUGAUGGAAUCCAAGUCCAUCAAUUCGAUUGAUGUGGACCUCACCCACAUAAUUGCUGGCGGAGAUAGCGAAAUGUUAUUUAUGAUAGAAUUAUAUCGUGAAAAUUAA